AUGCCACCACCCGGGAAGCCUGCCCUACCGCCCGUGGCUCAGCCGCGUUUCGGCAAGAACUUCGACGCUUACAACUCCAGCGCUACGGGCCAUCAACGGCCGGAGACGAGACCCGGGCUCGGAUGGCGGGACAGCCGUGCCCGCAAGUUGGCCGGCCAGUUCGCCGCCGGCCACUCGGGCGGAGAGCGCAUGAGCGAUACCUACGGGGCCGGGAGUGAGGACUUUGAUGAGAAGCUCGGCAUGAUCGUCCCCAAGGAGGUGAGGGCGAGGGCCAAGAUGAGCGUCGCCGACAUGCUCUCUCGGCCUGGUUUGAUGAGGGACGCAUCAUCAGUCUCCGAUGCCGGUUCUGCCACCUCGAUAACAUCUGCGACAGGAGGAAAUCCGAGAAGCGAGGAGGACAUCAUGGAGGCCCGCAGGAAAGAGGACGAGGCCAAGGACGAGAAGGCGGCUGCUGGGAGGGGCUUGUUCGACGGCCUCACGGUGUACGUCAACGGCAGCACGCAUCCCAUCAUCUCGGACCACAAACUCAAGCGCGUGUUGGUGGAGAAUGGCGCGCGUAUGUCUAUCCACCUCGGCCGGAGGCAGGUUACGCAUGUCAUCCUGGGGAAGCCGUCUGGAGUCGGAGUUGGCGCCGGUGGUGGUCUCGCCAGCGGCAAGUUGGAGAAGGAGAUUCGGAAAGUCGGCGGUUGCGGAGUCAAGUACGUCGGUGUUGAGUGGGUUCUUGAAAGUCUGAAGGCAGGAACGCGGUUGCCCGAGGCGCGCUUCGCGACCCUGAAAGUCGCAAGAGAGGGGCAGAAAAGCGUCUACGGCAUGUUUGGGAAACAAACUUCGAACGUAUCGACGAAGUGA